GCUCAAUAUAGAAAGUUUUUGGUCACGAAUAGAGUAGAAGAAUUUGAUUUAGCUCAAGAAAAUAACUUUAAUAUAACAUCAGUUGAUAUUCUUGAUGCUAUAAUUACAAUUGAUCAUUAUUGGAAAAAAACAGGUAUUUUACCUAAUUUUGAAGAAAAUCCUAUUACUGCUGAAAAAUUUAUCUAUAUUGACGAUGAAGUACCAAUAGAAGAAUUAUCAGUUGAAGAAAUUAUAGCUGCAGUAAAAUCAAGUCUUGAAAAAGACAAUAAUAUAGAAGAGGAUGAUGAAUUAGAAUUAAAUCUUAUUACUAACAAAGAAGCUUUAAGUAGUUUGAAAAAAGUAGUUCAAUAUUUCAAAAAUCCACCGGAUAAUAUUUUGAUUAAUUAUACAGAGUUGAAAGUUCUUAGUAGCUUAAAAUCAAAAAUCAACAAGAAUAUCCAAGAUAGUGCAAAACAAUCUACAUUAGAUAAUUUUAUGUAA